AGUUCCACACAGAGUUCCACACAGAGUUCCACACAGAGAGUUCCGCACAGAGAGUUCCGCACAGAGAGUUCCGUACAGAGAGUUCCGCACAGAGUUCCGCACAGAGAGUUCCGCACAGAGAGUUCCGUACAGAGAGUUCCGCACAGAGUUCCGCACAGAGUUCCGCACAGAGAGUUCCGCACAGAGAGUUCCGCACAGAGAGUUCCGCACAGAGAGUUCCGCACAGAGAGUUCCGCACAGAGAGUUCCGCACAGAGUUCCGCACAGAGAGUUCCGCACAGAGAACGUACCACCAGGUGGCUCCCUGUGAGCCCUAUGAGCCCUGUGAGGCCUGUGAGCCCUGUGAGCCCUAUGAGCCCUGUGAACCCUGUGAGCCCUGUGAGCCCUAUGAGCCCUGUGAGCCCUAUGAGCUCUGUCAGCCUUUACUACUUCCUGUCCCACCAGACUGUAUCAAGGUGAAUAGUCAGCACUACUUCCUGUCCCACCAGACUGUAUCAAGAUUUGGGAAGAAGAAAGAUGCGAAGGUAAAGAAAGCAGAAGCCAAAGCCACGCUACAGAGACAGAAGUCCGAGGUUCUGAGUGAAGAGGAGCUGGAGAGGAUGAAAGAGGAGCGAGAAAGGAUCGAGGCGAAGCACGCGGAGCUGAGGGAGCGUCAGGCCAGAGAAAAAGGACCUGAUGUCGAGGAUGAUUACAUGGACCCCAACUACGCACGCAUCAACAACUUCAGAGACAACUCCUCCCCGCGUCAGUCCCCCUACAGCAGAACCCGCACCCCAUCUCCCCAACGCCCGCCACCCCACGGCCUCGGCCCAGGCCCCUCCCACGGCAACGAGCCAUCCAAUAAGGACCCCCUGGACGGGCUGUACGCCAAGGUCAACAAGCAGAGACAAGCCCCGCCCAUGGCCGACAGUAGUGUGGAUCGUAUCCAGCAGCUGAGGAGAGAGUACCAGCAGGUCUGCAGAGAGGGACCAGCGCCAGUCUAUGAAGAGAUAGAGACCAGACAAAGAGGACCUGAGUACAACCAACACAAGGUGAGAGUGGCUGGACCUGGGCCUGAUCAUCGUCUAGCUCCACGCUACGAAGAGGUGGAGCGACAGUAUGCUUCCUUGCCCAGGCGUGGCCCGAUGGAUCCUUCUGAGGGGUACCCAAUACAGCAGACAGGCUGGGUUGGUCACUACCCUGGCCCCCAACCAUCCUACCCCAAUCCCAACUACCCCCCCAGAGUAGACCCCAACUACCCCCCCAGGGUUGACCCCAACUACCCCCCUAGGGUUGACCCCAACUACCCAACAAGGGUUGACUCCAACUACCCCCCCAGAGAGAACCCCAACUAUCCCCCCAGGGGUGACCCCCGCCAGGCCGACUCAGGGUACUACCACCCUCCUCCUCUACGCCAGGACGUCCCCCCGUCCCCCACUCUGCCCCUCCGAGCCCCCCGUUAUGACACCAUGAACCGUGGGGGAGGAGGAGGAGGAGGAGGGUAUCGCCAGGCCAGCCCAGAGAGGUUCGCCUACGUUGGGGAGGGACCGGCCCGUCACAAUGAUCCACGCCAGAAGAACCCCAUGACUGCUGCUGUGUAGAGCCCGACUGGGAUCAGUGGCUGUAUGGAGUUCUGACCUAGGAUCGGGUCCCACCCCCCCCCCCCCC